AUGUUUAUUUUUUCAGAUACCGAUGAAUAUAGACCUCCUGUUUGGAAAUCUUACUUAUAUCAGCUGCAACAAGAAGCCCCUCAUCCUCGAAGGAUUACCUGUACUUGCGAGGUAGAAAACAGACCAAAGUAUUAUGGAAGAGAGUUUCACGGCAUGAUCUCCAGGGGAGUAGCCGACCAGCUCUUGAGUGUGGCUGAGGGGAGCUACCUCAUUCGGGAGAGCCAGCGUCAGCCAGGAACCUACACUUUGGCUUUAAGAUUUGGAAGUCAAACCAGAAACUUCAGGCUCUACUACGAUGGAAAGCACUUUGUUGGGGAGAAACGCUUUGAGUCCAUCCACGAUCUGGUGACUGAUGGCUUGAUUACCCUCUAUAUUGAAACCAAGGCAGCAGAAUACAUUGCCAAGAUGACGAUAAAUCCAAUUUAUGAGCAUGUAGGAUACACAACCUUAAACAGAGAGCCAGCAUACAAAAAACAUAUGCCAGUCCUGAAAGAGACACAGGAUGAGAGAGAUUCUACAGGCCAGGAUGGGGUAUCAGAGAAAAGGUUAACAUCACUUGUUAGAAGAGCAACUCUGAAAGAAAAUGAGCAAAUUCCAAAAUAUGAGAAGGUUCACAAUUUCAAGGUCCAUACGUUCAGAGGACCGCACUGGUGUGAAUACUGUGCCAACUUCAUGUGGGGUCUCAUUGCUCAGGGAGUGAAAUGUGCAGGUCUUAAUUCUGAAGGACUAUAUCCGGUAUCAGGAUUUAGUGACCUAAUUGAAGAUGUCAAGAUGGCUUUUGACAGAGAAAUUAUGGAUCCUGAUGAGCAAUUGGAAACACUUCAUGAAGCACUGAAACUACUGCCACCUGCUCACUGCGAAACCCUCCGGUACCUCAUGGCUCAUCUAAAGAGAGUGACCCUUCAUGAAAAGGAGAAUCUUAUGAAUGCAGAGAACCUUGGAAUUGUUUUUGGCCCAACUCUUAUGAGAUCUCCAGAACUAGACGCAAUGGCUGCAUUGAAUGAUAUACGAUAUCAGAGACUGGUGGUGGAGCUGCUUAUCAAAAAUGAAGACAUUUUAUUUUAAGUUUUUUAUUUGAGGGGAAAAGAAAUGUUUUACAGAUGAAGGAGUGUUUUAUAGUAAUUUAAUUGGCUCCUGUAGCUGAAUUAUUUCUUGGUUAGCGAUUUGGGCAUAUAACCAGAUAAAAAUGAAGGAACUUUCUGUUGUUUUUGUAGCAUUGCUCAGCUGUCCUUGUAAAACAGUGAACACACGCUUUCCGGUUCUAGUAAUCCUGGGUGUUUAUCAUGUUAAGAGAAACUCCAGCUAUUGCAUGAUUAGCCCCCUACUUGGCAAAGAAACCCCAUACAAAGGAAACAACAAACCUGCACCCAUGCCACCUCUUGUCCUGGGCAGUCUGUGGUUGUAAUCAGCAUGUUUCACAGAGUAAACCUGUUGUGACUUUGCUUUGGGGGUCUAUGUCCUUGGUUUCUGAUGCUUGUACAAACAUGCAUACACAAAUGGACAAAUAGCGCCUCUGGCUGUUGCAUUACCAUAGACUAUAUCAUAGGCCUGUUUAUUGCAAUGGUUUAUUUCUGGUUUCUCUUGGGUCUUCUCUAACAUAGUACUUUCUUUCCAGCAAAAGUAAAAUAUGUCUUCAGAUUUGUUACUUUAAUAAGUUAUCCAUACCAAUAAAAAAUGUACAACACAGAGCAUUUUCUGUUAAAUUAUUACUGGUUUUCAGUUGUAAUUUUGAAUUUUUAUCUGGCAUGCAUUUAUUAAUUUAUUAAAUUUGGCUUUUAGAAAUCAAAAA